AUGGGGAGGAAAGAAGAAUGGGAGGAUUUGGACGUGAAGGCGGACGAGCGCGUGACGAUGAGCCUGGCGACUCUCAUGAUGAUGGACGUCCUUGCACUGGCCACUGGACCUGUGUACUUGCUCUCUGCCAUCUUUGAGGUCAAUGUCAUGGACAAUCUGCCAGUGUUCGCAAGUGUUGGGGUCCUCUCCGUCCUCGUCCUUGCGCUUGCCUGCCAGAACCGUCUCAAGAAGCUGCGCGACAGACUGAUCAAGAGCCGCGGCAUCGAGCUUGAAUCCACUGCCAGGCUGAAGCAGAAGGGUGAGAUGGAUGAGAGGACGAAGAACAAGCUCAAGGCAAGCAAAAGAGAGUGUCGGUGGGCUCUUUCCCUCGCUCUCUCCAGCACCAACUCACUCUUCCUCAUCGUCUUCAUGGGCCUCGCAUUUUUCAUCUUGAGAUCAUCGUCCCCUGUCAUCAACUACGCCGCAAGCUCGGCUGGUUCCUGCGCCAUCGUCUUCUACAUGUCUACCCGUGCAAAGUAA